AGCCAGUUAUCGGGCUCUAUAUAAAUGGGCAUCUGGCAGCAUUUCUGUUUCAGUUUCGCGACGACUCCCAUACAGCCGGUUUCUAGUCCAGUUCUUGAAAGUGUAUAUAUAUAUUGCUCAAUAUGGCCGAUCCCAACGCCAAGCCCAAGUACACAAAACUUUUCAUCAACAAUGAGUUCGUUGAUUCGGUGUCGGGCAAGACCUUUGCCACCUUCAAUCCGGCUACGUCCAAGGAGAUUGUGAAAGUCUCCGAGGGAGAUAAGGCUGACAUCGACCUGGCGGUGAAAGCGGCCAAGAAAGCCUUCCAUCGCGACUCGGAAUGGCGCAAGUUGAGUCCUCUGCAGCGCACUAAUCUAAUGAACAAACUCUGUGCCCUGAUGGAUCGGGACAAGGCGUUCCUGGCCAGCCUGGAGACCCAGGACAAUGGAAAGCCCUACGCAGAGGCGCUCUUUGAUGUCACCUACUCGAUCCUGACGCUGCAGUACUACGCCGGCUGGACCGACAAGUUCUUCGGCGACACCAUUCCCGCCGGGGGCUUUGUCUCCAUGACGCGCAAGGAACCUGUGGGCGUGGUCGGCCAGAUCAUACCCUGGAACUAUCCCCUGCUAAUGCUGGCCUGGAAGUGGGGUCCUGCCCUGGCCGUCGGAUGCACCAUCAUCAUGAAACCCGCGGAGCAGACGCCCCUGACUGCCCUUCACAUGGCUGCUUUGGCAAAGGAGGCGGGCUUCCCAGCCGGUGUGAUCAAUGUGGUCAACGGAUUUGGACCCACCGCUGGAGCUGCUAUCAGUGAGCAUCCUGAUAUUGCCAAGGUGGCUUUCACCGGCUCCGUGGACAUCGGACGGAUUGUCAUGCAGGCUGCAGCCACGUCGAACUUGAAGAGAGUCUCUCUGGAGUUGGGCGGCAAGAGUCCCGUUGUGGUCUUCGAUGAUGCGGACAUUGACUUUGCCGUGGAAACCACUCACGAGGCGCUGUUCUCGAAUCACGGCCAGAGCUGCUGUGCCGGCAGUCGCACCUACGUUCACGAGAAGAUCUACGACGAGUUCGUGGCCAAGGCAGCUGCCAAGGCGAAGGCACGCAAGGUGGGCAAUCCCUUCGAGGAGAAUGUGCAGCAGGGCCCCCAGAUCGACGAUGACAUGCUGACCAAGGUGUUGGGCUACAUCGAGAGUGGCAAGAAGGAGGGUGCCAAGUUGCAGGCUGGUGGCAAGAGGAUCGGCAACGUCGGUUUCUUCGUAGAGCCCACUGUCUUCUCGGACGUAAAGGAUGAUAUGCGGAUUGCCCAGGAGGAGAUCUUUGGCCCCGUGCAGUCCAUCUUCAAGUUCAGCUCCCUGGAGGAGAUGAUCGAUCGGGCCAACAAUGUGCAAUAUGGUCUCGCCGCCGGCGUUAUUACCAAUGACAUCAACAAGGCGCUGAAGUUCGCCAACAAUGUGGAUGCCGGCUCCGUGUGGAUCAACUGCUAUGAUGCCGUGCUGCCCUCCACUCCAUUCGGCGGAUACAAGCACUCUGGCAUUGGCAGGGAACUGGGCAAGGAUGGACUGGAUAACUACCUGGAAACCAAGACCAUUACCAUGAAACUGCUUUAAGCUGGAACUUGAAGAGUUUCCUGUAUCGUAUACACAAUAUUUGUAUUUUAUUCGCACUUGUUUUCGGUUUCAUGUUGCAUUUUAAAUAAAACUCAUGAAUUUAAGUUACCAGA